AUGCGUAGGCAGUUCCAGGGCCCUCAAGCUCCAGCUCUAAACACCUCCAAACAACGACAUCACUCUUGCUCACCCAGUAAAUUGAUCCCACAGCCUCAAUCUUCUCCUCAACCUCAUACCUCGAUUUUCUUCCCUCGAUCCAAGGCCGCCGUCGCAAAUACAACCGCAAAGAUGGGCUCAGAUCCCCAGUACGCAAAGUACCCCCUCCUUCCCCUCGCCCAGCAUGUCUUCACCCUCACAAACGCCUACGCCUCCCGACCAUCCCAACAAAACGCCGCGAAAGCUUUGAACGAUGCCAUCACCGAGCACAAGAUGGCACCGCUCUACCGGUACCUCGCCCAUCCGCUCGAGGGAAUCUUGAACCAGGUCGGUGAGGGCGGCAGCCAGACACCUGGCAAGCCGCUGAGCCGGAAGUCGAGUUUGGCUGGCAUGAUCGCCACCAAAAGCACCCCCACCACCGUCAACCUGCCUUGGGAUGAGGGCCGCUACCAGGAACUCAAGGCCGACAACGACAGAGAGCUGGAAGAGUUUCAGAAGGAGGAAGAUGAGGCCGUUGAGAAGGCAGGUGACACGGAGAUUCAGGCCGCGCGGGGGAAGCGGGCAGAAUUCUGGGCCAGAGUUGGUGACAAGGACCGAGCGAUCGCCGCAUACGAAGACGUAUUCGAAAAGACGGGUAUCCUGGGCACCAAGAUCGACUUGGUGCUCGCAAUAGUCCGGAUGGGUCUCUUCUACGGCGACAAGCUCCUUGUUAAGAAGCACAUCGAGCGUGCAAAGACCCUCGUCGAGUCUGGUGGUGACUGGGAUCGUCGCAACCGCCUCAAGGCCUACGAGGGCAUCUACUCGCUGACCGUGCGGUCGUACAACAGCGCUGCACCUCUCCUUCUCGACAGUUUGUCCACAUUCACCAGCUACGAACUUUGCACUUACUCGUCGAUCGUCGUCUACUCCGUACUCGCUGGAUCUGUUUCCUUGAAGCGUGUUGACUUCAAGAGCAAGGUUGUUGAUGCCCCCGAGAUCAAGGCCAUCCUUGGUGAUGGAGAAGACAAGCUUCUGGCUUUGUCAGGCGCCCUGAGUGCCGGUCCUGGUGCCGACGAUACUAUGACAGACGCCCCGGCCACCACCGCCGCUGCCAAGACGGCCGUCAACCUGACAACCCUUGGAACAAGCACCGAUCAGCCCGAGGCCGAGAUGGCCAUCGACUUUUCGCCCCUGGCUCAGCUCGUCUCGAGCCUUUACAACGGCCAAUACAAGUACUUCUUCCAGGCCCUCGCUCAGGUCGAGGAAUCUUUCCUCACGCAGGAUCGCUACCUCCACGAGCAUAAGAACUGGUUUAUCCGCGAGAUGCGCCUGCGCGCUUACCAACAGCUUCUGCAGAGCUACCGCGUCGUCGGCUUGGAGACGAUGGCCACUGACUUUGGCGUAACAGUUGACUUCCUGGACCGUGACCUCGCCAAGUUCAUUGCGGCCGGCCGUAUCCCCUGCACAAUCGACCGUGUUAGCGGCAAAGGCGUCAUCGAGACCAACCGGCCAGACGACAAGAACAAGCAGUACCAGGACGUCGUUCGACAGGGUGAUCAGCUUAUCACCAAGCUUCAGAAGUAUGGCCAGGCCGUGCGCCUAAGGGGAAGCGAGCGUGCGUAA